AUGCACUUUAAAAACAGCAAAAAGGAUAUUUACAAGAAGAGCACUUGCGAGAUGCGACAGCUCAUCGACCAGGUGGUGGCGCUGUGCAACUGCAGACCCGACUAUCUUCAUAAUUUUCUCAUCGUGGACAAGCCAGAAGUUCGAAAAUGCAAUUUCUACGACCAGGUCAAAUGCGUCGCUCACGUGAUCGAGCGAAAAGGAUUGACGAAAAAUACCGUUUCCUGCAAACCGGCAUGCCAGAGCUACGAAUUUCAUCAAGAAAACAUCCAGGAAAAAGAUUCUUCAUAA